AAAGACAUUGACAGCAAACCAAUGUAGUAGACGUGGAGGGUUGGAGAAGUGCCACAGCAGUGCGAUGAGGAAAAGAAGAUUGGUUCAAAAUACACUUCGUUUGGUAUCUGGUUAUGCCUGUGGACUAUUACUUCACUACUUCUUACUUAGUUCGAAGCCUAAGGUUUGCAACGAAAUUCGAAACGACGUGUUAAUACGUGGCGGCAAACGAAAUGUUGUGGAAAGGCAUUCGUCGCCUGUUCUGCCUCAAUCUAAUAUAUAUUUAGGCAUGAUGUCAGCAGAAAAAUUUAUCGACAAUCGUGUCCAGAGAGCCUUGGAUACUUGGCUGCAGAAGGGAAGUUGGAAGGUGGAAGUAUUUGCUGAUGCUACACCCGAUAGUCUGCAAGUACCUGCUGGUCUUGACUUCAAUAUUGUAACGCUUCGAUCAGUGGAUGACGCAGCCUACCCACCACAGAAGAAAUGCUUCAUGAUGUUACGUCAUAUGUACGACCACCAUAUUGAUAAUUAUGAUUGGUUUAUGAGAGUGGACGAUGACGUUUACAUGGAUUUUCCACGACUUUCAAAGCUUCUGAACACAAUAAACAGCAGCAUGCCUGUAUUUUUCGGUACGCCUGGAUUUGGAAUGGAUCCAGAUGAUGGAAUUGAGGAUGGAAUGUUUUACUUGAUGGGUGGUCCGGGAAUGAUAUUCAGCAGAGGAUUACUUCUUGAACUGCGUGCGCAUUUCAGUCAUUGUAUUCAACAUAUGUUUUCACCUCAUGAGGAUGUAGAGAUAGGACGCUGUGUGUGGAAACACGCGAAAAAGGCAAAAAUCCCAAUUGCGUGGGAGACUAUUGAAUUCUUUUAUCAGCAAUAUGAUAAAAACACCGGCGCAGUGACUAACGUAGUGAUGGCUGACACUACUGAACAAAGGACGGCCAAAACUGUUGCUUACCAUGCUGUGAAAAAACAUGAUUUGCUAUAUACUCUGCACAGGCAGGUUUUGGAAAGAAGAAUUAAAAAACUUCUUAAUGAAACUGCCAAAUUGAAGAGGGAGAUACAAGCCAUGCAAACUAUUCAAAAUAUGAAAGAGAUUUCAAGUCUCACGCCAUAUUCCAAAUCUUCCCCCCUUCCCUACCUACUUGGAAGCAACACGGAAAUGACAGUUCUUUCAAAAUCAAGAUUAAGUCACUGGCCAAUCACAGCUGCUUGGCUUCCACAGAACCCUAUGAUACCACGGGGUGCUUCAACGAUACCAGCAAUAUUCUGGGACAAAUAUUACAGACACCAAGUAGACUCUGUAAUCCCAGCAAGAGGUCAUCAAGGUAAAGAGCAACCUACACUUCUUAAAUAUCUCAGUGAAAUAGAAAAUGGGAUUUUGAAGAAGUCGUGUCCACACUUGUCUUCCAACCCACAGUUCACACACGGUUAUUUGUGGGUGUUGCCUCAACAUGGAGCCUUCAUUUCUGUUGCUCAUAAAGGCUUGGUGAAAGGAGAAUAUUCGUAUUGCACCACGCAUGUACAAGUAUCAUUCGCUGUCACAUUAUUGGGGGAGAAAGAUCACCCGUUGUCAGAACAUCCAUUAAUUGCACCUUCACUUGUUAAACGACAAAGUUUAGUUGGAUAUUUUGUUGGUGAAGAAAUCCCACCAGCCAGGAAACGAUUGCAUCAUCAUUCUAACACCAUGGUUCGAUAUCAAGAACCUGUCCUUCCUGUUUCAUUUGAUUCAAGCAAAGACCGUGUUCUGUUUGUUAUUCCCUUACAUGGAAGAUACAGAGCCCUUGAACUCUUUAUGGAGAGGUACAAACGUGACUUUUUAAAUCCCUUAAAAGAAGGAAAAAUAGCCAACACACUGUCUGGGAACGUGCAGUUGGUGAUUGUAUUAUUAGGAGCACGAGGGGAUGAACAUGAUAUGAAUCGAGCGUCUGCGUAUUUAUUACAUUCCUACCAACAAGAGUUUGGAACUUCACUGAUCAGAUACCACAUUGCUGAUACGGGCAAAAGGCAGUUCUCACGUGGUGCAGGAUUGCAACUUGGUUCACUCGUGGCUGGAAUAAAUGACAUUGUUUUCUUCAUGGACAUCGACAUGAUCGUUACUCCAAACUUAGUUGCUCAAUGCAGAAGAAAUGUAAAACACGGCAAGCAAGCGUGGUACCCUAUACCUUACAGUCAAUAUGAUCCCGACCGGCAGUGUUAUGAUGGUAGUUUGGCACGUUCAGUUGACGAAAGAUCGAUUUUAAACGGUGCAGAUCCCGCUGGUGACUCCUCACUUGGUCGCAGUGGUGCUCGUGAAACCAUCCGACAAACUCCUCUUACUUUAGAGGAGGACCGAGGGUUCUGGAGGGAUUUCGGGUACGGGAUCGCUUGUUUUUACAACACGGACUUCGUUUCAAGUGGAGGUUUUGAUCUCAGUAUUGAAGGGUGGGGGGAGGAAGAUGUCAGACUUUACAAAGCAAUUCUUGCCUCCGGUGUGGAUGUCUUUAGAUCCAAACAGUCUGACCUUGUACACAUUUACCACACAAAGCACUGUGAUCAAAGGUUAGUUGGUGAGCAGGCCAGAUCAUGUCACCGCACCAAAGCCAGUCAUUACGCCAGCCAAAUGUGUCUUGCCAAAACCUAUUUCCAACGUAAUAACCUUAGCUGAUGUAAUCACAAUUAGACAUCUAAAACAACAAUAUACCUCAUCGUACUCCAUAUAGCUACUAUAUUAUUUAAUGUACUUAUUUUUAUGAUAAAAAGAAUUUUGUAUUUCAAAAAUAAUCUAUAAUAACUAUACAGCCAUAUACAUACAAGUAUAUUUAAAUUACUCUUACUAUUUGUGUCUAAAGUAUUUAUUGUCAGUUAUUAUAACUUUUUAUUUAUUUUUAGACUUUAAUUUAUUUUUAACCUAAUGAUGAUAAUGAAAUAAUAGAGACUUUGAUAUAAAAGCCCAGAUCACAAUCGUGGAAUAUUUGUAUUUUGUAAAGCACGAAACAGUAAGUGUUUUCUAUUUUAUUUAGUUAAUGGAUAUUUUCUUCUUGUGCUUUAUGUUUUCUAAACCUAUUAGCUGUAUUAUUGGUACUAUAUUCAAUGAAAUAAAGCGGAAGCUGCAAA